GUGAAGCGUGAAACAUGACCCACUGUGUCCCACAGUUUUGAACCAAGAUGAGCUCAUUAAUGUGGUAUUCGGUUUUUGUGACUUUGAUCACCUCUCGAACGGUGUCUGCAAACGAGUCUUCAACGCUGGAUAUGAAGGUCAGUUCUUGUAAUAUUACGGGCGUUUGGAGCAAUGAGCUGGGCUCCACGCUCCGUGUGAAAGCAGAGGGUUCAGAGGUCAGAGGUGUGUAUCAGACCGCAGUGGAGAGCACGCGCGGCGCCGCCGGUUUACACCGCACUGCACAGAUCAUCGGGGUAGUUGGUAACGGGACUCAACCUGCCGUUUCAUUCUCCGUGCUGUGGGAGAAAGGUUCAUGUUCUGCUUGGCUCGGUCAGUGUUUUAUUUUACGUGACGGUGAACAAGUGCUGAAAACGUUCUGGAUGUUGCGCAGUGUAGCCGACAACCUGGCAGGUGACUGGGGAAGUACCAGGUUGGGAGAAGAUCUUUUCUUCAAGACUUGAAUUUCAAAUGAACUCUGUAAUAGAUUCAAUGUCAUUUAAUUUCCUUAAAGAUGUUGAUUUUUCAAGGAGCUUGAGCUUGUUGUAUUUAAACCUACUGAGACAUUUAAAAGCCUUUUAUAAAGCCCUCAAGCUUAAUAAAAGA